GAAACCCACAAGAUAAAAACAAGAAACUAUUCCAUAUCCAUUGUAUAAAAUCUUUGCUGGAUUCAUUUGUGUUCCUUGUAGCUUUUCACAUCCAUCUCCUUUGGCCUUGGCUCUGGUUUGCAUGUGUUAAUAAACCAUUCCCGGCUAUCCUGGAUUGUGGUUCCUUAAAUUAGAGAUACCUAGUUUUCGAGUUUCGUGAUUUCCCAUUUCUUGUUUCCCUUUGUUUUCUGCAAGUCCGACCUGAAUACAUGGGAGUUCAAAGCACUAGGUUUCUGUAAGUGUUCGUGUGACAUAUUCUGUCUCUCUUUUCCUGGGAGACUGUGCUUCUUUCUCACGUAUAUAUAAGAGGACCUUCAGCUGCAAGAGAAGGAAGAAAUGGAGCUUUCAAGAUUGGAAGGAAAAAGGAAUAGCCGUCAAUCGUGGAAGGUUUGAUUAGGAAGAAAAGGCAUACAACUGACCUCCACCACCAAUCACCACAAAGAAGAAAAGCUUUUUGUUUAACUAGAGACAUUUCAAGUUUAGAAAUGGAAGGCAGUUAUCAUAGUUUAGCUAGUAGUACAGGUGGUUCAUUGCAUGCAGAGAAGUUGCAGGAAGAAGAUGACAUGAAAAUUGGGCCAUAUAUGGCUGGAAUUCCUCAACCACAGACACCGCAGGAACCUAUGGAGUUCUUGUCAAGGUCAUGGAGUAUCUCUGCUUCAGAAAUCUCGAAGGCUCUUGCUAAAAGACAGAAGCAAUCUUUCACUGCCAAGAGUCCUGACACAGUCCUAGAAUCAAUUCCUUUACCACCACUACAAGGCAAGGUCAGGAAAUCUGUUACCACUAACAGUCGGAGAAAGGGGACAAUUGGAAAAUGGUUCAACAAUGAGUUCAAUUAUAGCAUAGUGAAGAAGAAAGACAAGGAACGGCUGGAAAGGGCGCGAGUGCAUACUGCGGUCUCCAUUGCAGGAGUUGCUGCAGCCUUAGCUGCUAUAUCGGCAACAGAUAACACCAGUGACCCUCCCUCAAAAAUGAGCAUAUCUUUGGCAUUGGCUACAGAGUUGCUGGCAUCGCACUGUAUUGAAUUGGCGGAGUCAGCAGGAGCUGAUCGCAACCGUCUGGCAUCUACUGUCAGAUCAGCCCUUGACAUUCAAAGUCCUGGUGAUCUUAUGACCCUUACAGCAGCUGCUGCAACAGCGUUGCGAGGAGAAGAAGCAUUGAGAGCAAGAUUACCGAAAGAGCCAAGAAAGGUUGCGGCCAUUAGCCCCUAUGAUAGGGGAAUGUCCGAAAUUCAUUCACCUUCGGUUGUUCAUAGUCAUAUCCAGGAGAAGGAUGGUCCUUGUAAUGGAGAUUUACUGCAACUUAUGGGAAAAGGUAUUCAACAAUGGAAGACUGUCUCUGUCUACGUUAACAAAAAAUCUCAGGUCAUCAUUAAACUCAAACGUAAACAGGUUGGGGGAGCCUUUGCCAAGAAGAGUAAAAGUGUUGUUUAUGGAGUCUGUGAUGAGAAUUCUGCUUGGCCAUAUAUGAAAGAAAGGGAAAUUCCAGAAGAGGUUUAUUUUGGCCUCAAAACGGCACAGGGUUUAAUAGAAUUCAAGUGCAGAAGUAAGGCUCAUAAGCAGCAAUGGGUUGAUGGGAUCAAAAAACUUCUUUGUCGAGUGAGCUCUCUUGAUGAAGCUGAGCGCUCUAUUGGACUUUUAAGCAUCAGCAGUACAUGAUUCUCUUGUGUUAUGUACUCAAGAACAGAACAUAUUCGUUCAUGAACACAGCUCUUUGGACUACAUUAUGUUUUGCAUUACACAGAAAUCAUAUAUACAAGAGGAUCGUAACUGUAUUGAUUAU